AGGGUGUGACACCUGCAUCCUUGACACUGCCUGCGUGCCGACCGAGUCUGAAAGAGUUAAGAAGAUUUGUCAGCUCCCAGGCAACGUGCCAGUCGGUGAGGGAGGAACUGGCUUCCGGUGGCCAGAGGCAACAGGCUCACUUGCUUGGGAUUAAAUGGGAUCGAGAGAGAUUACAGCUCUCUCACUCUUCGCAGCUUGAUGACAGUGCUGCGUUCUGUUGUUCGUUCAGUCUCUUGGGAAUGAUUUACCGACAACAAUUAUGUGUGUCGAUGCGACUGGAUUGAUGGAAUGAUGAAGAGCACAACAUCUGGAAGAUAGACUUGUGGCAUCCUCUUGGGAGUGGAGUUCUCAGGCUCAUCAGCUGUUCAGGGUCAAAGGUCGGGGUCCAGUGAAGAUGAGGCAGGCGGUGGAGGCUCAGCUCUUGAGCCAUCUGCAUCUAACUGUGGAUGUACGGGCACGUGUCACAGGCCUUCGUCAGAUCCUGACAGAUGUGGUAGAGGAGGUGAAGCGGACACUCAAUCAGGACAUCGAUGGAGCGCAGAUUCUACAUAGUCUGCUCAACGCCUCCUGGCUGCAGUCACUGCUCAAGGUCUACGAGUGUCUUCAAAGGUAUCUGCGAGACUCCCCGACACCAGUUCUGGACUACGCUUCUGGACUAUCAUUUCAGCUACUCAUUGACAUCAAGACAUUGCCAGGCUGCUCCGAGGAAGCCAAAGAGCUUGACCAAAUUCUGAGGCAGCCUCACCUUAAGGCUCUGCUUUCUGCACAUGACACAGUUGCCCAGAAAAGCUACGAGCCUGUGUUGCCACCGAUGUCAAGUGACGUUCCAGAUGAAGAAGAGGCCACCAGGAUCGUGUGCCUAGUCAAGAACAAACAGCCACUGGGGGCAACAAUAAAGAGAAAUGAAAUCACAGGGGAGAUUUUUGUGGCUCGGGUGAUUCACGGAGGCCUGGCUGAUCGCAGUGGUUUGCUCCAUGCGGGUGACCGGAUCAUAGAAGUGAAUGGGUUUCCGGUGGACGGCUUGGAGCCAGAGCAAGUUAUUCAAGUUGUGCAGGCAAGAGCACAUGGAACCAUCACAUUCAAAGUGGUUCCUAUUACUGACAGGCCAAUUCAGAACCACACAAUGCUUUAUAUGCGAGCCAUGGUGGACUACAGCCCUCAGCAAGAUCCCACUAUCCCCUGCACAGACGCUGGGGUGAGCUUCAAGAAAGGCGACAUUUUAGAGAUUGUAGAUCAGACAGACGCUCUGUGGUGGCAGGCCAAGAAGCUGCCCUGUAACAUGACCUGUGCAGGGCUUAUACCCUCCAGCAACCUGCUUAAACGGAAGCAGAGGGACUUGAUGCCUUAUCAGCUUCACACCUGCAUACACAUACUGAGUACGGUGGAGGAAGAGGAGGACUUAAUGGCUAUUGAUGAGAAAUGCGUUGAAGCAGAUGAGGAGGCGUUUGAAUCUGACGAACUCAGAGACGAAGGGGAUGAUUUCAGCACCAGCGUUGAGGGAGUAUACCUCGGUAUGUCAUCAACGUUUCAAUUUAAUGGAUCAUGGGAAAUGAAGCAAUGCAAAACAAUUUACACAUGUUCAUUAUCAGCUGGCUUCAGGCGCAGCUUGCGUCUGUGUCGCAGACGCUUUAAUAGCAUCCUGACUUCUUGUCCUACACCAUGUUCCAAUAACUGCACCAGUGCCAUCAAUUGCUCCUAUGAAGAGGUGGUGCGCUACCAGCGCAGUUCCAAUGAUGUGCACCGCCUCAUUGCCCUAUUAGGUCCAUCGGGUGUGGGUGUGAAUGAACUUCGCAGACGCUUGAUUGAAAUCAAUCCGAACACAUUCCAAGGAGCCGUACCUUACACGACAAGAGCGCCCAAAGCAUAUGAGGAAUCUGGAAGAGAAUAUCACUUUACCAGCCGAGAGGUCUUUAAUAAUAUGGUGCACAAAAGCAGGUUCUUGGAGUAUGGUGAAUAUAAAGGGAAUUUAUACGGUACCAGCAAAGAGGCUGUCAGGGAAGUUUUAAACAGUGGGAAGAUCUGCGUCAUUGACAUUGAACCAAAUGCUAUUCAUGCUGUAAGAACACAUGACCUGCGGGCUUAUAUCAUCUACGUGAAGCCACCCCCAGUGGAAGAACUCAAAGAGACAAGACAGGACUCAUAUGUAACCACUGACUACUAUGUCAACCGCCCCUUUAAGGAUGAAGACUUCCAGGAGAUGGAAGACGCCGCCCGAAAGCUGGAGUCCCACUACUCGCAGUUCUUUGAUUAUGUGAUUGUCAACAAAGACUUGCAGGAGUCCUGCGUUCAGUUGCUGAACACAAUUAGGAAAGCGCAGGAUGAACCGCAGUGGGUCCCCGCUAACUGGAUACGACCUCAGACAGACUCAUAGACAGAAAAUGUAAAGGUGCCAGAGAGAUGUAGCCUCUGUUUUCAUAGUAGCAGUUUACUGUGAAGCAAGUUUUGGAAUCCGCACAACAAGGUGGGCUGGAGCCUUUCCUGGCUGGCUUUGGUCUGAGAAAUCACAGGGAAUAUAGAAUAGAAUGGUGUUGGAAUACAUGUGUGGAGGAUAUGCUGAGAGUUGAAUCCAGACCAUCAAAACUGAAGCAGACAUGCCAAUCGGUUGAUCACUAUGUGGCUCUUUGUGUCUGCAUGUUUACUUACAUUUAGACAUGUGCCGAUUAACGGUUUCAAGGUAUACGGUGGUAUGAAAACGUCACGGUUUCAAAACCGCAAACAUUUUCCAUCAAACUGUCCCUACGGUAUUAGCUAUUUUUUAUGUCACAAAAAUGCAGAGAGAAAUCCUUCGCUUGCAGCUUCAAGGCUCAACCCUCCCUCAGUGUCAGUGAGUCAGCUGUGCUACACGACGGCUGGAGAAGGUGAAACUCCUGAACUUUUUCCCCCAUCGAAGAAAACGAAAUCGCUGGUAUGGGAAUACUUCAGCUACAGACGGUUACAGACGGCCGCGGCAUAGAGGAGGAGGGCCAACCGACAUGUAAGACAUGUUUGCGGAGGGUGGCUGCCGAGGAGGCAAUACCUCCAAUAUGAUUUCGCAUUUGUACAAAAUUAAAGGUUAGUAAACAAUGUCAUGAACGAUUCCCACCAGCUAUGAGAGUUAACUCCAGCGUGUUUAGUGUGUGUAGCAGUGGUAAAAAGAAACAUGUUUUUUUUUUUUUUUUUUCCGCUCUGGCAACUGGCUGUGUUGAGAAAGAGGGUGCGUGUAUAAUGUAAACACAAUAUGAAUCAUUCACACGGUCUUUUAUCGAAAAUAAUUGUUUUUGUUCUGAUGGUAAUAAUGUUGAGCUGUGGCUGUGGGUUUAGGCUUACCUAAAAGACUGCAUUGAUUUUGGUCUUAUUUAGAAUAUUUCAGUUAUUUAUUUUUUUAUUUAUUUUAACUUAACAUUAUACUUUUGUUCCAAUUUGCUAAUGUGUUUGUUCCAAUUUGCUGAUGUGUUUUGAAAAAUAAAAAUCCUGUUCAAUGGAAAAAAGUUUUCAAAAAUUUUUUUAACCCAAAAAUCUCAAAGUAACACAAUUUUAGAGCUGCAAUUGCAAUACUGUGAUACCGUGAAACUGAUAUUUGAUAUAUUCAGAAUCUCAUAGCGGUACAUGCCUACUUUACGGUAUGUUUCACCACAGAGUCACCAACUUUUACAUUUAUCUGCAAUAAAGAGCAUAGAUUAUUUUUGUCCAAUAUAUGUAUACAGUUAAGGUAGUGAGAUACGUAAGUUUUUUGUUUUUUUAAAUAAACUAUUUACAAAAGGGUCACUGUACGCAGUGCAUGCCAAAACACGUUAA